AUGGGAACGUCGCGAGCCUAUUUCGACCGUCCCCUGGGCUCAAACGAGGUCGUCCUCUCUUUUGAAAGUCUUGGGCGUCCCCACGGUCUUGAACAAGGUGCUUCGAUACGGUUCCUGCGCCCCGGACGUGGGUCUUUGGACCACACGCACACCCUGGCCGACGUGCUAUCGUGCGUGCUCGCAAGUGCCGUGUGA